CGUUUCGUGACACAGGGCUGAGCCUCCAGUCCGCCAGCACCACCUGAGGGUCCCGGAAGCCGCCCCCGCCAUGGAAGAGGACCAGGAGCUGGAGAGAAAAAGAUCUGGAUUGAAGACCUCAAUGGCUGAAGGCGAGAGGAAGACAGCCCUGGAAAUGGUCCAGGCAGCUGGAACAGAUAGACACUGUGUGACAUUUGUAUUGCACGAGGAGGACCAUACCCUAGGAAAUUCUCUUCGUUACAUGAUCAUGAAGAACCCAGAAGUGGAAUUUUGUGGUUAUACUACAACCCAUCCUUCAGAGAGCAAAAUUAAUUUGCGCAUUCAGACUCGAGGUACUCUUCCAGCUGUUGAGCCAUUUCAGAGAGGCCUGAAUGAGCUCAUGAAUGUCUGCCACCAUGUGCUUGACAAGUUUGAGGCCAGCAUAAAGGAAUAUAAGGAUCAAAAAGCAAGCAGAAAUAAAUCCACAUUCUAGUCACUUAUGCAUGCUACAGGGAAGACUAUCCUCUAGGAUAUUCUCUUCGUGAUCUUGCAAAACCCACAAGUAGAAGUUUGUGAUUACAUCAUGAUCUGUCCUUCUGAAAGGUGUGCUUCUAGGUAUUGACCCAUUGCCGCUGUUGGAAUCCCUGCAAGAACCUUUGUAUUGUUCUAAUAAAUUCCCUCUUUUAUUUAAAAAAA